CGGCGACUUCUUCCUCUUCUUCUUCUUCCGCCCGUAAUUCACGCCCCAACCAUAACCUUUCUGUUUCCCCUAAAUUAACGCAACUUUCCCCCAUCGCAGGACCACCAUUGAAUCAUUACACGAUUCUGAUGGAUUACUCGUUCUCUCCGGCCGCCGAACCGUGGCUAUGACCACCGCCAUAUCUAAUUUUCUCCCUCUUUUAUCAUCUUUUUCUUAAUUUGUAAUUAUUGUUUUUUACAUAUAUAUGCAUCCUUUUUGCUGUGUUCCCGCCGAUCAUAAUAAUUCGAUGCCUGCUACUCCUUCCUCCGCUGCCGCCCCGGUAUCGGAUUUUUCCAAGCACAUAAAUCCCGUUCAUAACGUUAACAACCACAACCACAACCACAACCACAACCAUAACCACCAUGUUACUUUCAAUACGGCGUCGGAUGCUGAACGGCAACCACCCGCGAUGAGGUUGACAAGUGGAGAUCAGAGAGAUGUGAAGAUCAAUGAUAUAGUAGGGAGUGGGAUAUCAGGGAUUUUGCACAAAUGGGUUAAUUAUGGUAAAGGAUGGCGGCCUCGAUGGUUUGUGUUACAAGAUGGCGUGCUUUCCUACUAUAAGAUUCAUGGGCCUGAUAAGAUCGUUGUUAGUAAAGAGACUGAGAACGGGUCAAGGGUCAUCGGCGACGAGUCUUUCCGCCGAUUCUCUCGUCACCGAAAUUCCGGCGCUACUAGUAAUAAUUCUCAUCAUCCUCGCCGAAAGCCCGUUGGUGAAGUCCAUCUCAAGGUUUCAUCUAUUCGUGAAAGUAGAUCAGAUGACAAAAGAUUUUCCAUAUUCACUGGGACAAAAAGGCUGCAUUUGAGGGCAGACACAAGGGAUGAUAGAAUUGCAUGGAUGGAAGCUUUCCAGGCUGUGAAGGGCAUGUUCCCUCGACUAUCUAACAGUGAAUUGAUGGCUCCUGUUGGCGGCUUUACUGUGUCAACAGAAAAGUUGAGGCAACGCUUAUUACAAGAAGGUGUUAGUGAGACAGCCAUCCAGGACACCGAACUUAUUAUGAGGACUGAAUUUUCAGCCAUGCAAGAUCAGUUGGUGCUUCUUAAGCAGAAGCACUUGCUUCUCAUGGACACACUUCGUAUGUUAGAGACAGAAAAGGUUGACCUUGAGAACACAGUAGUAGACGAGAGCCAAAGACAAUCAAAGGAGGUUGGGGCAACUUCAAGACUAAGGCAAGAGAAAUACAGUGAAGCAAGUGGAAGUGAAUCCGAAGAUGAUAAUGAGAGGGGAGAUGCAGAUGCUGCAGAGGAAGAGACAGAUGAUGAAGACAAUGCCUUCUUUGACACACGGGACUUUCUGUCAUCAGGUUCUUUUAAAAGUACUGGUUCUGACAUGCGUUCCUCUUCAUUUUCAUCUGAUGAUGAAGACCAUGAAGAUGCUUCCAUUAGAUCAUUUGGUACUGACUUCCCUCGUGUUAAGAGGCGCAAGAAGCUGCCUGAUCCUAUUGAGAAAGAGAAGGGAAUAAGUCUUUGGUCGAUGAUCAAAGACAACAUUGGAAAAGAUCUUACCAAAGUCUGUCUUCCUGUAUAUUUCAAUGAACCUCUAUCUUCUCUGCAAAAAUGUUUCGAGGAUUUGGAGUAUUCAUAUCUUCUUGAUCGGGCAUAUGAAUGGGGCAAAAGGGGUAACAGCCUUAUGCGGAUUUUGAAUGUGGCUGCGUUUGCAGUGUCCGGAUAUGCUUCUACUGAAGGAAGGAACUGCAAACCAUUUAAUCCGUUGCUAGGGGAGACUUAUGAAGCAGACUAUCCAGAUAAAGGACUUCGAUUUUUUUCUGAGAAGGUAAGUCAUCACCCCAUGAUUGUAGCGUGUCACUGUGAUGGCAAAGGAUGGAAAUUUUGGGGAGAUAGCAACCUGAAAAGCAAGUUUUGGGGUCGCUCAAUUCAGCUUGACCCUGUUGGAGUUUUAACUUUGCAAUUUGAAGAUGGAGAAGUUUUUCAGUGGAGUAAGGUAACAACUUCCAUAUACAACCUUAUUUUGGGGAAACUGUAUUGUGACCACUAUGGUACAAUGCGUAUCCAAGGGAACCGUAAUUAUUCCUGUAAGCUAAAAUUCAAGGAGCAGUCAAUCAUAGAGCGCAACCCGCAUCAGGUACAAGGAGUUGUGCAAGAUAAUAGAAGUGGAAAGACUGCAGCCAGUUUAAUUGGAAAAUGGGAUGAAAGCAUGCAUUAUGUGAGUGGAGAUUGUUCUGCCAAGGGAAAAGGUGACCCGUAUUCCGAAGCUCAAUUGCUGUGGAGAAGGAGCAAGCCCCCAAAGGUUCCCACAAGAUACAAUCUAACGCGCUUUGCUAUUACUUUGAAUGAGCUUACCCCUGGCCUAAAGGAGAAGCUUCCGCCAACUGAUUCAAGACUAAGACCGGACCAAAGGUGUUUAGAAAAUGGCGAGUAUGAAACGGCAAAUGCAGAGAAACUCAGACUAGAACAACGUCAAAGACAGGCUCGGAAAAUGCAAGAGAGAGGCUGGAAGCCGCAGUGGUUCGCCAAGGAUAAAGCAAGUGAUACAUUUGUUUAUACGGGUGGUUAUUGGGAAGCCAGAGAAAAAGCCAAGUGGGAUUCAUGUCCUGAUAUUUUUGGACAGUUUUCUUCGGAUCAAACAUUAGACUGAGGCUAUAUAAUACAUACUCAUACUCAUACUCAUACACACUCCCCCUCCCUCCCUACUUUGCAAACAAUUUUCAAAUCGGAACAUCAUGAUGAUGAUGAUGAGGUUGUUGACCAGACAUCGAAAAGUUAAUAGGUGUUUAGAAGGACGCUCUCUCUCUUGGUUCUUCCCUUUUAUGUGUUAAUGUUUUCUAUACUCCCUUUACCCUCCCGUCGUGUAAUUGUUGUAAACUCGUGCUUUUAUUUCUUCUUCCCAUAAGGCCCCUCAUUUGUGGUCCUUUUAUACGUACAUACAUAUUCUGUUGCAUGUUAGAUGACAAAGCCACCUCACCUCACAGCUUAUACAUAUUGGUUCGUGAUAUUAUAACUGUUAAGUAUAAUGAUGAAACGGCCUUCUAAGGCAUGCUUAGGACAAGACUGAAAGAUUGUUUUUAGUGUUAAUUUGAUUGGAUUGAGAUCAAUGUCAAUAAAACAAAAUAUUUAGGAUGCGUUUAGUCAUGGAAACUGUUUUCUAUUUUUCGUGUUUAGAAGGAAUUUUCAUUUUCUAUUUUUUGAUGUAAAAUUUAGAAAAUGUGUUUAUUUAAAAUUGACUAGUUUCUAUUUAGAAAAUUAUAAAAG